GGUGAAAGCACGCUGCGUCUAAUUUAACAUAACAGAGAGCUUAAGAAAAAUCUAAAGAUACAAACACGUGAUUUGAUGUUAGGAUCUAAAGUAUUGGGUUUAAACAAAGACAAACGAUUAUAAAAACUCAAUGAGCCGGUCAGUAUACAAGGGUUUGGGAACACUGUCUGUGGAGGGCGUCUAAAACUGAAGACACCGGCGGCACCGGCACACCGCCGCGCAAUUCCGUGACACAAAAGGAACACACAUUUCAACUCAGUUUCAGGAAGCCAGUCAGGUUGUCGGUAUUGUUGUAUUGUUGCCACGGAACUUGUGCAGUGGGCUUUAAACUUAGUGCACGUUAUCUGUUGCCUUCAAAAGAUAGUUUUGUUUUUUUAUUAUUAUAUUUGCCUGUUUGGUAACUGGACACUAAGAUGCCACCUAAAAAGCGCAACUCUGGGACGACACAGAGCAAGGAGCUGAAGAGUGCUGAAAGUGUCUCUCCAGACAAGAAAGAGAGUCCAGAGUUAUCUGUUAAAAAACACAGAGACAAGGAUGCUGAGUAUGUGACUCUGUGUAAGAGCCUUCAUGUGACAGACCUGGUGUGUGACCGUGCCUGGAAGCUGUCGAAAACUGUUGAAGACUCCUUGGAGGAAAUCGCUGACGAUCAGAAAAAGGUGUGGGGGGCUUGUCUGUUUGUGUCGGGGACAGACAUGGAUGUCUCCUGUUUCACCUUAACUCAGGUUCUGAAAGCAGUCAGUCUGAAUGUCAAACAAUUUGUGGAUUUGGUGAGGAAGUUGGAUGUGAACCUGGAUACCAUAAGCACCAAGGUGAAUUCAGCACUGACACGACUGGAGAAGAAGUAUGACGUGACGCUGGCUCUCUACCAGCGCUUUGAGAAAACAUGCAAGAACAUCUUUGCUUUGGUUUCUGAUGACAAGGAGAGGGAGACCAUGCGGAGCUGCUGGACAAUGUUUCUUUUGGCCAAAGGAAGGGCCUUGCAGAUGGAGGAUGACCUGGUCAUAUCCUUCCAGAUGCUGCUUUGUACGCUGGAGUUGUUCAUCAAGCGCUGCCCUUUAGACCUCCUACAGCCUCUUUACAAAUCGGCUAUCGGCAAAGUUCAGAGCCCUCCGACACGAACAUCUCGCAGAAACCAGAGCAAAGUCAAAACCCGACCUCCGGAGCCAGAGGUGGAUUUGCAGCUUCUCAAAACCUUGUGCAUAGAGAAUGAAUGCAACGCAGAAGAGGUGAAGAACGUAUACCAGACCAGUUUCUCGGCUUUCCUGGACUCACUGGAUCUUUCGAGAUCUCCAGUUUUUCCUCAGGUAAAUGACCUCAACCAACAAUAUGAAGAGCACUACCUCAAGAGCAGAGACAUCGAUGGGCGGCUGUUUUUUGACAGAGAUGAGACUGUUCUUGCGCCGAAAGUCGAGAUAUCACAGGUGGAGAGAACGCCAAAGAAGAACCUGCCAGAUGAAGACACCGUUCUCAUCCCUCCCCAGACUCCAAUCAGAGCUGCCAUGACCUCCAUUCAGCAGUUGAGGGGAGAUCUCACCUCCAGUGGAGAUCAGCCAUCUACUAACCUGACUACAUAUUUCAAAAAUUGCACAGUGGACCCGACACUGGAUGUGCUGCAGCGCUUGGAGAAACUCGGACAGGCGUUCAGCCAAAGGUUUGGUCAGGCCGUCGGCCUGCGCUGUGUCAUACUCGGUCAGCAGAGAUUUAAACUCGGUGUCAGACUUUAUUACAAAGUCAUGGAGGCGAUGCUCAAAUCGGAAGAGAAGCGACUGUCUGUGCAAAAUUUCAGUAAACUCCUGAAUGACUCCACAUUUCACACAUCACUGCUGGCCUGUGCUUUGGAGGUGGUGAUGGCAACCUAUGGAGAGAGCAGUUUUAGGACCGGAGGGUACAACCAUGGUGGUUGUGGUGACGCAGUUGAAACGAACGUGUGUUUCCCCUGGAUACUGGAUGUGGUCAACCUCGCUGCGUUCGACUUCUACAAAGUCAUUGAGAGUUUCAUCAAGGCCGAGCCCACUCUGAGCAAAGAUAUCGUCAAACAUCUGGAGACCUGCGAGAACAUCAUCAUGGAGAGGAUUGCAUGGAGGACGAACUCCCCGCUGUUUGAGCUGCUGACACAGGAGCAUGAGGGCGGUGCAGCAGAGCAGGUGGAGACCCCAGCCAGUUUCAGCCAACCACUGCAGCACAACCACACCGCAGCUGACCUAUACCUGUCCCCUAUACGUCCGGGCUCUCGUGUGUUGCCCCCUGACUCCCCGGCCACGCCCAGCUCUCAAGCUUACUCUCAGCCUCCGACCCAGCCCGCUGGCCAGACUCCACGGCUCCCGAAGUCCAACUCGCUCAGCCUUUUCUAUAAAAAAUUGUACCGCCUGGCUUACACGAGGCUGAAGAUACUCUGCUCCUACCUGCUGUCCUCCCACCCUGAACUGGAGCCCAUCAUAUGGACUCUGUUCCAGCACACUCUGCAGCACGAGCACGAGCUGAUGAGAGACCGUCACCUCGACCAGUUGAUGAUGUCAGCCAUGUAUGCCAUAUGUAAAGUGAAGAGUGUUGAUCUGCGCUUCAAGACCAUCGUCACAGCGUACAAGAACAUGCCCAACACCAACCAGGAGACCUUUAAACAUGUGUUGAUCACUGAGAGCCACUAUGACUCCAUCAUUGUCUUCUACAACCAAGUGUUCAUGCAGAAACUGAAAACCAACAUCCUGCAGUAUGCGUCAACCAGGCCACCCACACUCUCUCCAAUCCCACAAAUACCAUGCAGCCCCUACAAGUUCCCCAAUUCUCCUCUACGUGUGCCUGGCAGCAACAACGUGUACAUCUCCCCUCUGAAGAACCCACGCAUGUCCCCGGGGAUCAUGACUCCUCGCUCCAGAAUGCUGGUUUCAAUCGGUGAAUCUUUCGGGGUGUCCAAUCGGUUCCAGAAGAUCAACCAGAUGGUCAACAGCAGCGAUCGCUCCUUUAAGAGGACUCUGGAUCUCGGCUCCACUCCAAAGCCCCUGAAGAGGCUACGCUUCGAUGUGGACGGGCAAGAUGAAGCUGAUGGCAGCAAAUCUGGAGGAGAUUCUACACUGAUACAGAAGCUUGCAGAGAUGAGCUCCACUCGGAGAAACAUGCAGGAGCAGAAGAUGAAGGAGGACGCCGACUCGCGGAAGGAGUAACUCUAAAAGCCACUGAACUGACCUGCACUGUUUAUCACAACGUGAACACCAGCUUUUCUGUUCACACAAAGUGAAACACGAGUUUCUCUUUACAUUUAGUAUUAGAUUUUAGUUUGUAUUUAACUUUGUCUUUGAGGAGUAAUAUGUGAAUAUAGAGGACUUUCUCCUCUCUCUUUUGUUGACGCUUUGACUGAGUGUUUUAACUGAAUAAUGAUUGACGUCAUUGAGUUUCAUUUGAAUUGUUGGAGAUUAAGUAUGCUUGCAUUUUAAGAGUGGUAUUAAUUUGUGGGUGUUAUUAGAAAUCAUAGUUUUCACUCUCAUGGAUGUUCUCAAUUGUCAAAGCGGUGUUGAGGUGCAUUGCUGGUUACCAACAUCAGGACCUUCAUAUGUUGACGUUUUUCUUUUUGACAGAGUCUUUUCAAAUGUUUCAAUCAUGAUGCAACAUUUCAGGUGUUAAAUCAGGAUCUCGCUCCUCAAAAAGGAUUAAAUGUCAGCUUCAGAGGGAAAUCAAAAUGUCUUUCCACGCAGCAGUUUUACUUUGUAAAGCGAUAUCUCACUUGGAACGUCUUGAAAAGUUUAGUUUGUGCCAUAAAGUGAGAACUAUAAAACAAAAAUUAAAUAUCAAGGAAAAUGAUAUAGUUUAUGAUUUGCACUCAACCAAAUGCAUGUAGUGUCAUAGGAUUUGGUUGACUGCUAAUGUUUCUCUGUGCAUAGUUUUAUAAUAACUUUUGAGUGGUUAAAAAAUACAAAACGAAAACGCCUCCUAAUGUGUUUUAACCAGAGGACUAUUUUUCAUGUUCUCGGUUACAUUUUUCUACACAUAAGUUUGGUUUAUUUUAAUUUUUAAAACGGGUUAUGAGAAAGGAGUUACAGUGACAAAUACAAACCACGCUGAGCAUUAAUAUGUGGACUUCACUCCAGAACAGUACACCGAGGUAAAAUGUUGCUAGUAAUGUCAAUGACCAGAGUUUUUAAAUUAAAAUGUGUUUAUAUUGUACUUUAUUGAAGUUGUUCCUUGAAAAUGUAGUAAAUAUUUCUUUUGAGAACAUGA